AUGCUUUGUCCCGGCUUGAGAAGUAUAGCUCGGAGAUAUUCUACCUCACAACCUAACUAUUAUCAAAUUCUCGACCUCCCUACAAAUGCCACAAUCAAGGAAAUCAAAGUCAAGUUCAAACAACUUUCAAAAAAGCAUCAUCCUGAUUUGAAUGGGCACUUAAGUGAAGAUGAGAAGGAAGAAAAUGCUUCCAAAUACUUGGAGAUGGUGACGGCCUACGAUACUCUCAAAGAUAUCAAAAAGAAAAAACUGUACGACUCCCAAUUAAGAGUCGCAGGUGUUCAGAUUGCAAACCACGCCAAACGAGAAUGGAAUAACAAAUAUUAUGGCGAAGCUAAAUACUAUUCCAAAAGUGGAUAUAGCUAUUCGAGCUCUGGACUCAACACCAAACGUCAUAAAAUCCGAUAUCAUAACUCCCAACGCGAUGUGAACAAUUCUACAUUUCAUGGAAGUCGGACAGAUUAUAGCGAUCGUUAUGACGUUCCACAUUUCGAUUAUGAUACCCAUCUUAAGAACAAUCUCAAAUUCGAAAAACGCAUUAUCGAUAAAGCUUUAUCAGCGGAAGAGCAAAAACGGCUAUUGCAAACGAUCUCCACGGAUGGCAAAGCUCUUGAUGAAGAGAUGGCUAUUAAGUACUUACUACAUCAUGUGAGAACGAUGCAAGCUAAUGGCACAGAAUCGGUAAUCCCGAAGCCACGUGAGAACGGCAGCUUUCAAACGAAUCCCCACAUGUUUCAAUCUCACCGGCCACCUCAAAAUGACUCAAAAAUAAUGCCAAAACUUCUCAUGUUUGGCGGUGCUACCGGUGGUUUCUACUUCCUCUGGCAUGCUCUUAUGGGUUGA